UGUACGUAUCGUGACUGUUUUGAGCCGAACAGUUUGUGUACCGGUUUGUUAAAGGGAGUGUGUAUCUGUAGUUUUGCAACGUUUCAUAAGCAAAGCAACUUUACGUUAAUUGUGUACAACAAAUAAAAAAACAACAGACAGUUGAAUUAAAGUAGAACAAACAAACACAAAAUGGUAUCCAAUCCCAGAUGUGAUGUAUGGAAGUAUUUUGAUAAUAUUGUUGAUGAAGGCGUUGCGGUGUGUAAGCUCUGUAAGCAGCGUUUGAAAAACGAUCGCAGUUGGAGUUUGAGGAAACAUUUAAAAAAACUGCACAACACCAAGAGUGAAAUCUGGAAUUAUUUUGAUAAUAUUGUGGGCCAGGGUAUGGCAGUAUGCAAACAAUGCAAGCAGCGUGUAAGGAACAAUCGCAGUUUUAAUUUAACACAGCACUUGGAAAAGGCACAUAAUAUCAUAGUACCUAACAUCGAGGAUGAGAUCAACAAAAAGGAGCUGGCUGCUCAAACUGGCAAUAAAGAAAUGAGGACAACAGUUAACAAUGCAAUAGUUUACAUUACAGAUGACGAAUCCAAGGAUGAGGCUGUUGCUCAAACAAGCCAAGCCAAUGUAUCCAUUGUAGAGAAUACUACACCAAUUGUAGUGAAUACUGCUCCUAUUGUAAGUAAUACUGAGCCUAUUGUAAUUUCCCAUGAUUAUGAACCUGAGGAAACUCUAUCUAAAGAUACAAGCCAUGCAGAAAUACCGCCAAGUGAUAUAACUGUUUCUAAACGUAGAAUGUCUAGAUCUCCGGGAGCAAAUGCGCAUGCUUAUAAACGAGCAAAAACACAUUUGGCCAUUAAAAUCGAUGAAAAAACCCUAAUAUCAGCUAUAUGGGGUCUCAUGAUAGAGGAUGGUGUUACACCUUUACUGUUUGGUUCUAAAAACAUGCAGGCCCUAAUACAGCCUCUUUGUGAUGCGAUAUUCGAACAACAGAAUAAAGAACUUAAGAUAGAUGAGUCUGAAAGCGAAAGACUUCUAUGUUUGGUGGCCAAUCAUAUUCGGAGUAGUUUUUCCAAUGAUCUAGACUGUCGAUUGCUAUCUUUAAAACUGGAUACGGACAUCAAUGGUCCAGAAAACACCUUUUGUGUUAGUACUUUAUUUGUCGAUAAUGGGCAGACACAAAAACGCACUUUGGGAAUAAUAGAUCUUAAGGAUGAUCCUCAGCUAACUGAGCAACAUAUUAAACAAGUUUUACACAAAUUUAAUAUUGAUUCAAAUCAAAUUAUAGGUAUUUUUUGGGACAACACCAAGCCCAAUUAUAAUAGACAGGUGCAAAACUGUGAAUAUUUGAAGGAAAUCGAAAAGUUCGAAAAAUAUCCAGAAAUACAAUUUAGCGACAUUAUGGUUGAGCGUUAUGUUGGUGUUACAGCCCAGCUCUGUAUGUUGGAUAUUUUUAAAAAUUCCCAUAUUAUACAACCAUUUUUAGAAUGCCGUAAUUUCGCCAAGUUUAUUCAAGAUGAAUCGAAUGGUUACUAUGGUGUUUUUGAGCAGAAUAAUUUAAAUAUUCCCCAAUUGGAUUCUCCCUGGAAAUGGGGUUCUACUUAUAAAAUGAUGCACGAUUUGCAGGAAGCUCGCAACAUUUUUAAAGAUACUAAUAUUCAGAAAAUCGAAAACCGCCAAGAUCAAUUUAAUGUCAACGAUAAAAUGUGGCUGUUUAUUGACGCCUUCUGUGAAUCGACGAGUUUUAUACAAAAAUCUAUUAUUAAAUUCUACAGCGAGGAAAUGACCUUUUUCGAUUUCUAUCCCCAAUGGCUAAAGACCAAACUGCUAACAACAAAACUAGCAACAGCCAGUAAUAUGGAAAAUACUUACAUCACUACUAUUUCAGUCGAAUUGUUGAAAAGCAUUGAGGCAAGAUCGAAAGAGCUCUUGGGUAAGGAUUGUUUUGAAGCUUGUUUGUAUUUGGAUCCACGUUUUCAGCACACUUUAGGUGAGGAAGAGAAAACAAAAGCCUUGGAAUAUUUAAAAGGCAUAUGGAAUCGUUAUAAAAUCUAUAAUGUAGAUAUUAUAAAUGCUGCCGCGGAGGAAAACGCUGCGUCUUCACGAUUCGAUGAUGCUGAAGACGCCUUUCUAAAUGAAUUCCUUUGUCAGGAUGCUCCAGAAUGUGAUCUUAGAACUACAGAUGUUUUUAAGAAAAUCGAGAGUUUUAAAAUACCAUUUAAACCUGUCGACACGAAUGUUUUAUCGUUUUGGAAUAUGCUGAAAUCAAGUGAUCCCGAAAUGUAUUCCUUAAGUGCAAUUUGUUUUGCCAUACCAACCACUCAGAAUUAUAAUAAAAAUCGCUACGCAAAUAUUUAUCAAACGGAGACCCUUUCAAAAUUAUCACCAUUUACAAGAGACAAUCUUGUAAGCAUUCGUUUAAAUUCCCAACUUCUGCAGGGCAAUCUUGAGCAAUUUGGAAUUUUCCACGAGGCCAUAUCAUCCGACGAAGAUGAAGUUCAAAUAAUCGACAGCAAUGAAGCGGCCACCACAAAUAUCUAAUUAAAUAAUUACUCUAAAAUUUCGUUAUUGAAGUGAAUUGGUUUUGAAUUACUUAUUUAACAAUAAAUAUUUAUGUACGCUGAAAAUACAUUUAAAAAGUUAACUAUA